GUACACUUCACAUGGAAAACCUCAGCGACGAGGAGAACCUCUGUUUGUCUCCUUCGAUAAUCCACCCAUUUUUCUUCUAGUAUAGGCAAGGGAUAGUGACCCUUUUCCUCUUCUCCUUCAUUAAUUCAACCUCAAUCACUCAAACCUUCAAUUUACAUUUCUGCUCUUCAGAUUCUAUUGUGCAAAUUGCUUUCAUCCCCUCUUGCGAUGAGGAGCGUGGUGACUUGCUACAGCGAACACGCCAUCAAAGUAUCAGACUCCUACUGUUCUGGGCCUUCAAACCAGUCCUAUUUGUCCCCAGUUUCGGUCCCCUCGAUGCCAAAUGCGGUCACUUGCAUCUACAAAUCGAAGCUCUCCAAUCAGAGGCGUCUCGUGAUCACCAUCACAUGGUGCAACAAUUUCUUGGGCCAAGGCCUCACCAUAAGCAUCGCGGACGACAAAUCUUCUCCUCCCAAGGGUAGUGCGAACUCCUGGCAAUUGCAGAAGAGGAAAGGCGCGAAAAGUUUCCAAUCUGGGAAUUCGAGGAUUGAAGUUUUCUGGGAUCUCCUCUCUGCUCAGUUCGAUAGCGGGCCAGAGCCAGUCAACGGAUUUUAUGUUGCUGUUUUGGUUGACUCGGAAUUGGGUCUGCUUCUUGGGGAUAUGAAUGAAGAACUGGAUGUGAUCAGAUUGAGAACAGGGUUACCCAACGCAAAAUUCUCAUCGGUUUCUCGGAAUGUGCAUUUCUCGGGCAAUUCACCCUAUUCGGCAAAGGCCCAGUUCAGCAGUUCGGGCAUAAGCCAUGACAUUCUGAUUGAGUACGCUCAUGAGCAAGAUUCGCGGAAUCCGGUGUUGUCCGUGAUGGUGGACAAGAAGAAAAUUUUCCAGGUGAAGAGAUUGAGGUGGAACUUUCGGGGGAACCAAACGCUUUACGUGGACGGGGUGUUGGUGGACAUGAUGUGGGAUGCGCAUGACUGGUUUUUCGACCCGAGAUAUGGGUAUGCAGUGUUCAUGUUCAGGACUAGGAGCGGAUUGGACAACAGGUUGUGGUUGGAAGAGAAGAACUUAGAUAUGCAGAAAGAGUGGGACAAUAUCGGGUUCUGCCUUCUGAUCUGUGCUUGUAAGAGUCCUAAUUAAGCGAUUCUUCACCGUCUUUUCUUCUGUUCUUUAGUUGGGUUUGGUCCUGAUUGCACUUUUGCUUUGUCAUUUUGGCAUUUUUAUUUUGUGGAAAAAAGGAAAAAGAUGGAUGGUGGAUGGUGAUCUACUGGAUAUAGCAGUACAUAGCUGGAGAUGUAAAUUUGUGCUUCAAAUUGUACAUGGAAAACUUCA